AUGUUCAUCCGAGUUCAUAACCCGGAUAUUGUUGCAUUGCUUGAACCCAAAGUAUCUGGUUCGCAAGCUGAUAGCAUCUGUUCGUCCUUUAAUUUUUCAGAUUGGGUUAGAAUAGAAGCAGUCGGCUACUCAGCGGGAAUUUGGAUUUUAUGGAAAAAUACGUUAUCAGUAGCUAUUAUUCAUACUCACCCGCAAUUUGUGACAUUACAGGUUAACGAUAGGAUGGACCAUCCUUGGUAUCUUUCGUUUGUUUAUGCAAACCCAAUGCCGUCCCUGAGAAGAUACUUGUAUGCUGAUCUAAUAGGACCAGAUUCUGCCUGGCUGACAAUUGGAGACUUUAAUUCUGUAGCUAGUUCUGAGGAAGUGAGCAACCCAGCAACUUACUCAACAAUUAGGAGCUCAGAAUUUACCAACUGGAUUUUCCGGGAAGGUCUUGUCGAUCUAGGUUAUGAGGGCACCAAAUUCACUUGGAUGAGGGGGCUGCAUUCAACCACCUUUAAAGGCGCAAGACUAGAUCGAGCUCUUGGAAAUACUGAAUGGUCCUUGUUAUACCCGGAAGCCAAAGUUAAGCAUCUCCCCAUGGUACAAUCUGACCAUUGCCCACUGCUUAUUACUACAAGAAUACCCCAAGCUACGACCAACACCGCAAGGUUUAGAUAUAACUUGAUGUGGGCUGCGCAUCCGAAAUUCCAUUCGACAGUACAGGAAAACUCGGACCAAAAUGGAGAUAUCGAAUCAAACAAAGCAAAAAUGGCUAUAGCUUUAAGAGAAUGGAAUAAAGUUGUUUUUGGGAAUGUGUUCCUCAAGAAAAAGAGGGCCUUAGCAAGGAUUAGCGGAAUACAAAGAAAAUUAGUGGAUCGUGUUAGUACCGAACUACUAAAGCUUGAAAGGGAACUGAGCAUAGAGUUAGAAUAA